AUGUUGCUAGACCAGCUGUUUCGGACGAAACGAUCGUCGGGGCUUGGUGAGGCUCAGCGCUGCGAACUCGCCUGCGUAGCCGACUACGAGCGGUGCAUGCUGGAGACCGUCGAUCGCUCCGUCGUCGACUACUGUCGCGGUGGAGCGGCAAGUGAGAGCACGAUCGCAAACAAUCGGACCGCUUUCGAACGGUUGCGUAUCCGUCCGCGCUGUCUGCAGCGACUCGGUGGCACCCGUUCGCUAGCCGUAACCUCCCUCGGGACCACCUAUAAGCUUCCGAUCGGGAUUGCUCCGGUAGCCUUGCAGCGAUUAGCUCACCCGGACGGUGAGACGGCCACGGCGAAAGCGGCCCGAACCUACGGCGUACCGUUUGUGCUUAGUGUCCUCUCGAGUGUUUCGAUCGAAGAGCUGGCCGAAGCGGUACCACGGGCACCGAAGUGGUUUCAGUUGUACAUCUUCAAGGACCGUGAACUUACCGAGUGUCUUGUGCGGCGUGCGGAAAAGGCACGCUUCCGGGCGUUGGUGGUUUCCGUGGACUCCCCAGCGCCCGGGCUGAGUCGCGCCGAGCGAAGGAACCCCCUGACUUUGCCACCGAAAGUGACGUGCGCCAACUUCGUGCCAAGUGGGGCCGACGCCAAAAAGUCGUGCUCGGCCAGUGUCCUCGACUACGUACGCAGCCAGUUCGAUCCUGGGCUCGGUUGGGAUGCGAUACGGUGGCUCAUGAGCAUCACAAGUCUGCCCGUGAUCGUGAAGGGCAUUCUGCAUCGGACGGAUGCCCUCAUUGCGGCCGACAUUGGCGUACACGGGCUGAUUGUUUCCAACAGUGGCGGACGUCAGCUUGACUGUGCCCCAGCAGCACUCGAGGUCCUGCCGGAGAUAGUGCACGCGGUCGGAGACCGACUCGAGGUGAUGCUCGAUAGCGGCGUCACCCAAGGGACGGAUGUGUUCAAAGCCCUCGCCCUUGGCGCACGACUUGUAUUCGUAGGCCGUGCCCCACUCUACGGUCUGGCGGUCAAUGGUCAGCGAGGCGUAGAGGAGGUGCUGGACAUACUGAAGACGGAGCUCGAGUCCACGAUGCUGAACGCGGGUUGCGGGACGGUGACGGAUCUGACGCCACAGCACGUGUGCCACGAGAUGCAGUUCUACCAUCCACCGGAAAGUCUAGUUUCUAGGGGUUUGUGGCGUAAUGAGAGUGGACGCAGCGAUCGUUACCGGACUCGGGAACGUGUGCUACGUGACAACGAUACGGUCCGGAAGGAGGAAGUCGUGGACGUGACUGAUGCCGAAUGUGCGGAGGAAGUGUUGCGAGCGGAACCUACGAUCGACCGAGUUGCCUUUCAGCAACGAUCCGUUGACGAGCGGUUGGCGUGCCCGGAGGGGCGUCCUUGCGGGGCUUCUACACCGAUUCCACAGCCACCACCUUACCGUAACGUUCCGUUGCUGCUCAAUGAACCGCGCGGUAUCUAUCGCUCUAAUACGAACAAUCUGAGGAGGGUCAAUGCCUCUGUCGGAGGUGGUGGGGGUAGCUGUGGCUCAGAAGGCUUGUCUAACUUGCGCACUGCCAGAACGAUCAUCAGUCGAAGACAGGAAGCACCAAAGCGCCCGCCAAGAGCUCAUUCGAUGCAGAACUUAUGCGGUGAUGAUGGGUGCGAAAAGUGA